UAGAGUUGAGAAAGAGUAGAACGGUGAUGUUGGUGCAGCAGAGUACUGGAACUGGAAUGUGAAGAAAAGGAAAGAAAUCGAGAGGAGGACCAAAAAAUAAAAUAAUUUAAUAUUAAAAUGUGAUGACAUAAGUUAGUAGAAAUGGAUGUAGUAAUGUUCGGAAUUAUAGUCGGCGUUAUCAUAUUGUUCUUAGUAAUCGUCUGCUUCAUCACCAUCGAAGGCACUUGCAACUCACGCUCUUAAUUCUUAAUUUCUUCCACCAUUUCAAUUUCAAUUUGAAUUUUAAUUUCAAUUUCAAAAUUUCAACUCCAUGGAAUUGAGUAGUAGAAAGAGAGCGUUACUUCUCCUCGUGUGUUUGUUUCUUGGUUCCUUUUUGGAUCUGGUAACGGCUCAUCAACAUCACUCCCAUUCUGACUUCUCUCCAUCCAACCUCCAUCAUCAUCACUGUGGAGGAGCACAUGACCAUGAUCAUGAUCAUGAUCACGACCAUCACCACCACCAUGACCAUGACCAUGACCAUGUUCAUCAUCACUCGAAGCUUCCAGAGGAAUUAGCGGAGGAAGAGGAUAUGAAACUCUACGGGUUUGGUUUACCCCAUCACCAUCAUCACUUUACUGCCUCCACUGAACUAUCGGGUUUAGGCCUUUGGUUGAAUGCGUUGGGCUGUUCAUUUCUAGUGAGCAUGGCUUCCCUCAUUUGCCUGAUUAUCCUGCCUGUAAUUUUUGUUCAAGGGAAACCAUCAAAGGCUGUUGUUGAUUCUUUGGCUUUAUUUGGGGCAGGAGCUAUGUUGGGGGAUGCUUUUCUUCACCAACUACCACAUGCUUUUGGUGGUGAACAUUCCCAUUCUCAUGGUGACCAUGCAGACCAUGACCAUGACCAUGACCAUGACGCUAGUUCUGGACAUUCACAUUCUUUAGCCGACCUUUCUACAGGAAUGUCCAUCCUAGCUGGAAUUGUACUAUUUCUUCUUGUGGAGAAGCUAGUAAGGUAUGUUGAAGAAAACUCAGGAGGAGCUAAUUCAUGGACGCAUGGACAUCACCACCAUAACCACAACAGCAAGAAAAAAUUGAAAGAUGAUAACAAUUCUGAUAUCAAUACAAAAGAAGAGAGAUUGGUAGAUGAGGGAAAAGAAGACAAUCAGGUAUCACAUGACUCAUUGAAGGGAGAUAACCAAGCUCAAUCUGAAUCCUCGCUUAGAAAGAGAAUUGGAAGCAAUGCAGCGAAAGGUGAUAGUCUCAAUCAUAAUGCUGAAGAUAGCUCCACGGAUAAAAUCAAAUCUUCAAAUGUUAAAGAACCAGUUGGACCACCAACUAGUCUCGUGUUUGGCUAUCUCAAUCUUUUCUCUGAUGGAGUUCAUAAUUUCACUGAUGGAAUUGCAUUAGGAAGUGCAUUCAUGCUUUAUGGAUCUGUUGGUGGCUGGUCUAGAACUCUGUUUUUGUUGGCACAUGAGCUUCCUCAAGAGAUUGGUGAUUUUGGUAUUUUGAUAAGAUCUGGUUUCAGCAUACCAAAAGCUUUGCUCUUCAACUUUUUAUCAGCACUUGUGGCACUUGCAGGCACUGCAUUGGCUCUGCUCUGGGGGAAAGAUCCUGGACAGUCAUCUCUGAUUGAGGGAUUUACAGCAGGUGGAUUUAUAUACAUCGCCAUUGCAGGAGUGCUUGCAGAAAUGAAUAACAACGGGAAAACGACAUUGAAAAGUACAGCCAUUCAAAUAAUCUCACUGACAAUGGGCAUGGCUGUUGCCCUCGGCAUUUCCCUUAUAGAAUGAAUAAAAUGUUCUCUCUUAGGACUUGCAUAUUUUGAUUCUUGAGGUGCCAAUUUUUCACUAAUGUAUGCAACCUAUCUAAAAAUUCUUUCAUUAUAUAUUUGCUUUAUCACUAUGCUAUGGGGUGAACCCAGAAAAACUUGUUGGGAAGGUGAACAAAGAGAAAAUGAUAGAUCAAACAGAAUAGUCAGGCUUAAACUUACAAUGAUUCCUUAACCCUUAACAUAGUAAACUUUUGUAUAGAUGUCUCCACAAACCGUUUGUAUUUGUCAAAUUAUGUAGCAACAUUUUUGGCCCUUUUGAGCAGUAUAGCAGUCAAGAUACUUUCCUCUUUCUUAUGCUCA